UUCUCCACUCAUCUCUCUCUUCUUCACCCCAAACAAAUCCCCCCGCUCUCCCUGCAAAAUGAAAAUGCCACCGUUUUGGUCUCUCCCAUUUUAACAUCUGUCCUCUCUCUCUCUCUCUGUUACCCUACGCUCCGAAUCUUAACGUGCGUACCCCUUGCGCACGAUAUGGAAGCUCCGUCCUUCGUCUCCAAAGCGAGAACCGCUUUCCACUCCGCAGCUGCCAAAGCCGAGCGAGUUUUCACUGAUUUGAAAUCCGAUCUAGAUUCUGAUAAAUUAUCGCCGGCGAAGGAAUUCAAGAACGAAUCUCUGACGAACGAAGGCGAGUCGAAGUGUAUUCAUGAGGUAAAGCAUUCUAGGUGGAGACCUGCAAAUUUAGGGACAAAGCAAGAGUGGCAGGAAAGAUUUAAGAAUAUACGAAUAGGUAGAAAAGGAGUCGAAGACACCGAGAAAGUUGAAAAUUCAACAAUGGCUGCUCCAUUCUGUGAUGAAAACAUGUACUUGCUUAACAUGAAGAAUGAUGCGGAAGCAAAGGCUUUAGAAGCAAUUCCCUCCGUAGAUGUUUUAAAUACUGUCAACACGAAUAACAUUCCUCCAACAUCUGUCAUCAAGCAAUUGGCUAUAGCUGUUGAGGCUGGAAAGAAGUUUAAGUUGUUGAAAGAUCUUUUGGCAUCUUCAGGAAGUUCUUCACCUAUUAGGGAAAGGACAGGCUUGAGUUUCUCUGCAGUGAAGUCGUUAGUUCUUCGUGACAAAGAGGAUAAACUUGCAUCUGGCUUUGGUGAUGAUGAGAGAGUCCUGGCUUUGAUUCAUUCACUGUUUGAUGCAGAAGGAAACUUCCUCCGAAGGCAGCUUGUCUCUGAUUCAAAUACAUGUACAACUAUGAUAUCUUUGCCAAAAGACAUUCAUGGUGCUCCUCCAGAGAGCUUUCUCGUUAAGCUUUCUGAAGUCAUUGGAAGCUUUAGAACCCUUCGCAAAAUGGCUCUCUUUUGGUGCAGGGUUGUUAUCGAACUGAGAAGAUUUUGGUCUGAAGAGAGACAUCUGCCAGGCAUUCCUGUGGAUGAAAUUCCAGAUCUAAAUUCAUGUCUUUUAUAUCAACAAUUACAGGUUAUUAACUGUUGUCUUUCAAGAAAAAGACGCCGUACUAUUGCCACUGAAUCAUUUGAUUCUGAAAUGAGGGAAGCUAGUUCAAAUGUUGAAGGGUCAGAUAGUUCUAUAGGCACAGUUUCUUCCAGCUCUGCAUUGUAUGCGCGACUUAGCACUGGAGAACUUGUUCUUCGAUUGGGAGCUAAUCAACCGGCUGAUAAUUUAACAAUGUUGGAAACUGGUGAACCUAUAUACUCACCUAUUGCCCAGGAAGGACCUUUGCUUUCAGAAGAUCUUAUCAGAGAAACGGAGGAGUUGGUGCUUCGAACGGGGAGUGUUGGUGCUGGGUGUUCUCAACUCCUCUCAGACAUGCAGGCUUUCAAGGCUGCAAAUCCUGGCUGUAUUUUAGAAGAUUUUGUUAGAUGGCACUCUCCUCCUGAUUGGACUGAAAGUGAGCCAAGCGAUGAGGUUAACUCUUUGGUUACAAGAGGUCAACUAAGUAGUAGAAUGCAAAAAGAAGGUAAUCUGUGGCGUGAACUGUGGGAGACAGCCAAGCCAGUACCAGCCAUUAGACAAACACCUCUCUUUGAUGAGGAUUUGGCAGUGGAAGGAAUUCUGAAUUUCUUAGAGGACAUUCCCACUUCUGAGCUUUUUGAACAACUUUUUGUUUCUCUACUUGGUUUGGGACUUGUAUUAGCUGAGGACAAGCUCUCUGCUAAUGAUAACUUGUCAAAGCUGUUUUAUGAGUGCAAAGACUAUGUUGUUGCAACUUGCCAGAGUGGCGUCUGGAAUGAUAAAACAGACAAUCUUUGCCAGGUGUAUGAAACAGUGGAAACAAUGUUAUUGUCUCCUGAUGAUGUCAUAAAGACAAUAAAGCAAGAAGAGACACCGGCAAAUGAAAACGGAAGCCCUGCUGGUGAGCUAAAACGUCGGUUUAAGAGGCUUGGUCUUAACUUUGGUGGCAAGGAUAAACAGCGGAGAAAACCUCCUCCAAAAGACCAGAAGAACUCAGAUGAAAACCCUUCUCGUCCAUUUGGUAGCUUUUUUGAUAGCAAGUCAUCUUUAUUUUUGAAGAGGCCUCCUAAGCCUGAGAGUCUCUCACUGGUUGACAAACCUCCAUCCCUAGAUGAAAGUGAUUGGACAUUGGUAUGAUCAUACUAUUUUUCUGUUCCCUUCUUUUCCCCUUGGGCCAAGCAGCAUAGUUUUGCAGGUAAUUGUAAAUUAUUCUGAAAUGAGCUGAUGGUUCCCAUCAGAAGUAAUUUGAAGUUCGAUUCAAAAAAUGAAUGAAUUUGUUUGUGCAGUAA